AGAAGGGAAGGAAGGGAAGGAGGAGGAAGGAGAGGAGGAGGAGGAGGAGGAAGAGGAGGAAGAAGUAGAGGAGGAAGAGGGGGCCCGCCGAGGAGCUCCCCGAAACGCUCGGGAGUGGGGCUGGAGGGCUGGCGGCUUCCAUCCCGUGACUGUGACGUGGGCAGAGCGGAACAUGCAGCCGGGGCCCUCCGUGCUCGUGGCCAGCAGGCAAGUUCAGAACACUCACACUGGCCUGGACCUCUCCGUCCCCACCUACCAGGAGGUCCGGGGGAAGAUGAUGUCCGGCCAUGUCGAAUACCAGAUUGUGGUGGUGACCUGGCUACCGGCCUUCAAGUCGGCCAAACACAGAGCAGAUGACAUUGUCCAGUUCAUGGUUUCCAAAAAAUACAGUGAGAUUGAGGAGUUCUAUCAGAAGCUGACGAGCCGAUAUCCACAGGCUGCCCUUCCCCUGCUCCCCAGAAAAAUCCUGUUUGUUGGGGAGUCUGACAUACGGGAACGGAGAGCCAUGUUCAAUGACAUCAUGCGUCAGAUCGCAAAAGAUGGGGAGUUGGCGACCAGCCCCGAGCUCCUGGAAUUCUUAGGAACUAAGCCUUCUGGGGGCAUUGAUUUACCUGGGAGGAGUCCCCCAGAGCAGGAGAAGGAUGAGGCUGAUGGGGAAGCAGGGGACGACCUUGACUUCUUCCAGGAGCCAGACAAGACAUUGGGUGAGGUUCCCCUGCCCAGCAGCCUAAGCCACCGGGGAGAAGAGGAGAAAGAGGAGGAGGAGGAGGAGGAGGAAGAGGUGCUGGACCCCCUGGGCAUCAUGCGGUCCAAGAAGCCCAAAAAACCUGCUGCCCCCAUCCAGGCCAGGCCCAAGGAAACCCCUCUGGGCUCAGGCAAAGAGAGCAGGCCCAAGCUGACCAUCUUUGAUGACGAGGCAAAUGAAGAAGAUGAGCUCUUUAGACCUCAGCAGUCGAGCUCAGCUCCUUGGGGUCCCAGCCGAGACGGCCUCAGGUUGUUUGAUGACCCUGACCUAGGGGGAAAGGUCUCCCUGGGAGAUUCCUUGCUUCUGCCAGCUGCCUGUGAGCGCCCCCAGGAGCCCACACUGGGCCCAACACGCACGGACAUCAGUGAUGACCUGUUUGGAGUGGAAGACUUGGACAAGAUCUUGAGCUUGGGGUCACAGCCCAGACCCCAAGCCCUGCCCAGGGCCAGGCCGCGGGUGCCUGCCAAGCCAGCCAUCCCCAAGAAGCCUGUGAUCCUGCCCCCGAAGGUGGGCGCCCCAGAGCUGAGGGCAGCCCCCCGGGAGGACCAGCCGCAGGUGCGGGCAGAAGCUCUGGACGAGCUGGGCAUCCUGAAGUACAUCCAGGAACAGAAUUCUGCCCAGAGCACCGCCCCCAGUCUCUUCUGAAUGAGCCCGGCCCCCUCAGCUGGUGCGCUGCCCCAGAGCAGGCCUGCCUGCCAGCCCCCGGCACCUUCUGCAAUCACCUUUAAGCCUGGGUCUGGCCUUGAGGAGGGAGAGCUUGGGAAGGGAGAGCUUGGGGAGGGGCCCAGGGCUGCGGAGUGGAUGGAGCAGGGCAGACCGCCUGGGCAGAGGGAAGGAACAGCCCCACCCAAUGGGAGGAAGGCACGCUGGCACCAACGGAGGACCAAGAACGUCUGGGAGCCAGGACUCCUGGCCACGACAGCUCCCUCUUGGCACGGCAGGCGGCCUCGAACACAUCUGUGUGGCAGCUGCCCCACAUCAGUGCCCUUUGUUUGGAGGGCUGCUGGGGCCCCUGGGUGUUCCCGCUGCCAACGUCUCCCUUGAUGUCUCUGGGUGAGAGGGUCCGGGGGAGACCCCGUGAGGGCCCCCCUUUCUAGCUGUGACCUUGGGCGGGUCCCUCAUUUCCCUGUGCCUCGGUUUCCUCAUCUGUAAAGUGAGGAGAAGACUCGCCGGCUUCCCGGAGCUUUUGCCAAGUGCCUCGAAUGGCUCUCUGUCUUGGGGGGAAUCGUGUCCGGGUGCCCGGGGAGGCGCCCAAAUAAACCGAGAUAGA